UAGCAGUGAGUGUUGUAGCUGCGAAGCUUCCAUCAUGAUUUCUUUCUUCAUCUAUUUGGCUUGUGUUAGUUAUGCUGUAUCAAGCCCCACGAUAAAAUCCUUAGACGAUCUCAAAAUCGUUGGAGGUGAAAGCAUUGAAAUAACUGAUGCACCAUACCAGGUGUCUCUCGUGAGGGGAGGGAGACACUCCUGUGGAGGAACCAUUGUCGCUAAGGAUAUCAUUGUCACUGCUGCUCAUUGUGUUCUGGGAGCACUUGCAAACGAAUUCCAAAUCCGUGCUGGUUCAUCAUAUAGCGAGAAAGGUGGACAACUGUACCCAGUCGGAGAAAUACUUUGGCAUCCAAGCUUUGAUUACGGCAACAUGGACAGUGACAUUGCCAUUCUUUGGCUGCCCAAACCAUUGGUGUUCAGUGACAAAAUAAGACCAGUACAAUUAAUGGGAAGAGGUGAAGAAAUAAAUGAUGGUGAUGAUACGAUUGUGACUGGAUGGGGUAACCUUUAUGAAAUUGGUGGUACGCCAAGCACUCUACAGAGAGUGAUAGUCCAGAAAAUCAACAACGAGAUAUGUAACGAUGCUUACAAGCCAUUGUAUGCUAUUACUAAUUAUAUGCUCUGCGCUGGGGCACCUGGAGGUGGAAAGGAUGCAUGUCAGGGUGACAGCGGUGGCCCCCUGGUUCAUAACAACAAGUUAGCUGGCGUCGUGUCCUGGGGUCUAGGAUGUGCUCGACCUGAAUAUCCAGGCGUCUACUCUAAAGUCUCAGCUUUGAGGAGCUGGCUCGAUGAUAAUAUUUAUCAGCUUAGGUGGAAACAUAUCUGGAGAAGCGUUUAGAAGAUUAGAAGACCAGUAGACGAAUAGACGAACAGACUAUAUGUUGAGUUUGGUCUUUUCUUGCGCAUCAGAAUGGUUGUGAUUACGGAUUUGUUAAGUCUUUUGUUUUGUUAUGUUAUACAUAAUAAUUAAAUUAAGGCAAUUGCAAGUUA